AUGGAUACUUCAAGUCCUGCUGCUUUUGUGAAUGGAGCUUUGUUGAGAAGGUACAUUGGUCAGAAAGUGAGAGCAGUGGUUCAAGUUAUCCGGUCAGAUAUCGGAUCUGUGAUCGGGAAAUCAACUGAUGAUCAACAGAUUGUUGUUAAGGGUUCGCCGCCAUCGCCUUUAACUACUUACCUCGAGGUAAUUGGAAUCGCCGAGACGGAUAACACCAUUCGAGCUGAAGUUUGGACCAACUUUGGAGACAAUUUCGAUGCACAAAACUACAAUGAACUAUUGUUGAAGCUCUUCUGCUUCAUGUUAGUUUCAAAGCUUGAACUAUUGUUCUUAUGGUCCUCGAUUUCCAGACUAGGGUUCUUGUGGUUUGAGCUGUAUUUGGGUACUGUUUUGGGUGAAUCUUUAGUCGUGAAAUGGAGUUUCAUAGAAGCUAUGACUGAAUUGCAAAUGGAGGUGGAGACCGAUAAUUCUUCUUCGAAGGAGUCUCUGCCGAAGCCUCAGCUCAUAUACCGAUGUAAGAAAUGCAGAAGGAUAGUUGCGAUAGAGGAAAACAUAGUCCCGCAUGAACCGGGGAAAGGAGAACAAUGCUUUGCUUGGAAAAAGAGAAGCGGAAACUCUGAACAAGUGCAAUGCUCUUCCAUCUUUGUCGAGCCUAUGAAAUGGAUGCAAACAAUUCAUGAUGGAUCUGUGGAAGAGAAGCUUCUUUGUUUGGGAUGUAACGCCCGGUUAGGUUAUUUCAACUGGGCAGGGAUGCAAUGUAGCUGCGGCGCGUGGGUUAAUCCGGCUUUCCAGCUUAACAAAAGCCGAAUAGACGAGUGUAAAUCCGAGCCAAACCCGAACCCAAAUACGAAUAUGGAAACUCGAUGA